GGCGGGCAGGGCAGUUCUGGAGCCUGAAGUUUUAGUGGAGGUGGAGGAGGCCGUCGGGAAACGGAAAGAUGUCACUUGUCAGAGUGAACCGUUAUGGUCCUCGGGGAGGAGGAAGGAAAGUGCUGAAGGUGAAGAAGAAGAAAACGUCUGUGAAGCAAGAAUGGGAUAAUACUGUGAAUGAUCUAACAGUUCAUCGGGCAACUCCUGAAGAUCUGAUACGUCGUCAUGAAAUACACAAAUCAAAGAACAGAGCAUUAGUACACUGGGAACUCCAAGAAAAAGCUUUGAAGAGAAAAUGGAAGAAGCAGAAACCAGAAAUUUCUAAUCUUGAGAGAAGGAGAUUGUCUAUAAUGAAGGAGAUUCUUUCUGAUCAAUACCAGAUGCAGGAGGUAUUAGAAAAAUCUGAUCAUUUGAUGGCUGAAGCAAAAGAUCUGUUUGUUGAUUUUCCCCGUAGGCGCACAGGGUUUCCAAAUGUAACUAUGGCUCCUGAUUCCUCUCAGGGUCCUAUUGUGGUAAAUCAAGACCCUGACACGCAGGCCAUUCUUAGUGAAUCCAUCAUGGAGCCUCAGGCUCUUAACGAAGUAGAUGAUGAAGGAGAAGGAACUGUUAACAGCCAGUCUGAAGAAAGUGGGAAUGAGUUGGAUAACUCUAUAAACUCUCAGUCAAAAACUAACGUAGAUCGGUUUCUCCACCAACUGAAGGAAGAUAAUUCUGAGUUAAUUAAUAAACUGUGGACUGAUAUUCAGCAGAAAAUAACAACACAGUCCCAAAACCCUCCAGGAACUCCAUCACCUGCCCCUCCAUCAGGAGAACAAAAAGCUGCUCUGAAUGCUACCAGCGCUGUCAAGAGAAUCCAGACCAGGCUUCAAUCUGAAGAAUCUACUGAGACUCUAGACUCAAGCUAUGUUGUGGGACAAGUGCUGAACUCAAGGAAGCAAAAACAGUUGUUAAAGAAAGUGAAAGGAAAACUGGAUUCCAGUGCUCCUUCCAAGCAGAAGAAGAAUGUGUUAACAGCUAGCACAGCCUCCACAGACUUACCAAACAGCAAUAAUUCCAGCCUAGAUGUCCUCAAACACAUGAUCAAUGAAGUGGAACAUGAAAUGGAAGAAUACGAACGGUGGACGGGACGCGAGGUCAAAGGACUGCAGAGUAGUCAGGGGCUUACAGGCUUUACUCUGUCACUAGUGGGUUCCCUCUGUCGCCUGGUUCGGUACCUUAAAGAGAGCGAGGUCCAACUGCGUAAAGAAGUAGAGACAAGGCAGCACCUGGAACAAAUGUUAGGUGAUCAUCGAGAGCUCAUUGAUGCUCUUACAGCUGAAAUUCUUCUCCUUAGAGAAGAAAAUACUGCUACCCAGGCAAGACUUCAGCAGUACAUGGUCACAACAGAUGAGCAACUUAUAUCUCUGACACAUGCCAUGAAGAACUGUCCUGUGAUAAAAAGCAACAAAGAGUAUCAGGCAUCCGAAAGGGGAUCCACAAGCAGGAAAAUGAUAGACAAUCUGGAGGGCCCUGUUGUAAAUGCUAAUGUCUCCAUGCCAUUGGCGUUCAGAGGGGAGGAAGCGGCUGAAUUCACACAGGAAGACUUGCCUGUUAAACUGUCUCAGGUGCCAACUCCCCCGGAUAGUGUGAAUCUGACUAACAGUUUUCCCGCACAUAUAUUUGAGCCGGCUGUGUUGUUGACACCACCCAGGCAGAAGAGCAACUCAGGAUUCUCUCCCUUGCAGGACGUAUUGAGGAGGACUGUUCAAACUCGUCCUGCUCCACGAAUUCCUCCAACUGUGGAAAUCAUUGAGAAGGAACAAAAUUGGGAAAAGACGGCCUUCCCUACUGACACAGACAAUCAGAAUUCAAGUGAAGAGAGUCGUCUCUUCACUCAGAGGUGGAGGGUGUCUCACAUGGGGGAAGAUCUGGAGAACAAAGCCCAGGCUCCUUUUGUUAACCUCUCCCAGCCCUUCUGUAGUUCCCAUUCAAACACUCAGCAGGCCAGAAUCCCCGAGUUCUCAGAAGACACCCUGGUACUGGGAGACGGGCAGCAGCUUAGAACAAAUGAAGCAUUAAUACAAAGAAAAGACAUCAUGGCACGAAUUGCUGAGUUGACCCUGCAGAAUUCAGCUAUCAAGGCACAUCUGAAUAAUAUUAUUGGGCCAGGAGGAGAGCAAGGGGAUGGAGUUCGGGAAUUAAACAAACAAGAGACAAGUCAUGUGAGCAACAUGACUGCAACCUUUCCAGCAACACAACCUCUAACAUCAAGUAGCAUGGAGGAGCGGAUUGCAGAAUUGAAUCGGCAGAGUAUGGAGGCUCGUGGAAAACUCUUGCAGUUAAUAGAGCAGCAGAAACUUAUUGGUCUGAAUCUUUCCUCUCCACCAGUAUCACCCAUUCCAUCACCUCCCAGAGCAUGGACUGAAGGAGGAAAGAGGACCAUUGAAGUAUCUAUUCCAGGAGCUGAAGCCCCAGAAAGCUCAAAAUGCAGUACUGUCUCUCCUACCAGUGGGAUAAAUACCAGAAGAUCUUCAGGGGCUACUAGUAAUUCUUGUUCUCCAUUAAACGCCACCUCAGGAAGUGGGCGAUUCACACCUGUUAAUCCAAGAACAAAGACGGAAAAACAGAAUGAAGAAGGCUGGUUUGCUCUUUCUACCCACGUGUCAUAAGUGAAGUUCGUUGUAUAGAAUUUGUUUUCAGCAGUAUAUUCUUGAGCUCCCACUCCCCUUUCUUUCCCUGCUUCUGCUUUCAGGUUUUCUUGUCCUUUUAGGUAAAACCUACAAAGAUCUUGUAACUUAGUACUUAUGGAACAAAGAAUAAAGCAAUUAUUUAAAUCUUGGAUCUUUUCAAAUAGAUUUCCAACAACUAACCAAUGUACAACCUUCUGUGAAUUAAAUUUUGAUUUUAGGGAAAUUAGUUUUAUAUUCUCAUAAUUUCAUAAGUAUUGUAAGGUUUUGCUGAGUAAUACAUUUUUACCUUUUUCAUCUUUAUUCAGGUUUUCUUUUUUUGUCUAGUAUAUCUUAAGUGAUGUAUUUCUUUUAUUUUUUUCUAAAGAACUAAGUUGCUUUGUAUAUAACUUAUAAUAAAAUGGCUCUGGGUGAUUAAAGUCUGGCUUUCAGAAAAAUUAAGCCCUCCCUUUGAUUUCUUUUUGGGUAGGAAGUUACUGUUGUCCAUGGAUUUUUCCAUCAAGUGGAAUGUACAGCUUUAAAAAAUAGGUGCGGGGGUGUCUAUUCACAUUUGUUUAUGCAGCUAAGAGUGGAUGUAUAGAUUAUAAAAUUCUUAGAUAGGCUUUGAAUGGGAAAAUGUCAUCAAUAAUUGUAAUGUAUGUCAAAUAAAUAAUGAUCAUAGAGCUUGUGUCUAAAUGCAGUGACAUUGAUUUAUUGGUAUAUUUAGUGUUUGAAACAGAAAUGAGUACAAAAGUUUGCUAUCAACUUUCCCAGCCCUGAAUCUACAACACAUUCAAGAUUGUUUUCUCCAAAGCACCUGUUUGGCUCUCAG